GGAAGCGACCGAGCAACACUCCUACCUAACCCUUCAUUACACUUCUGCUACAGACAGGCUCUCCAGGACCCGGCGGCUCCCAGCAGCACUUCCUGCCUCGCUCUCACGGUGUGUGUACUUCCAGCCCCCGGAGCCGCUUGCCUCGUCCUGCUACCUCCCACAGGCCAGGCCGGGGACACCAUGUGAGGACAGGCCGCAGCGCGCACAGACUCUCCCUCUCCAGCCUGGCUCCCAGAUAUGGAGGCAAACAAUUAUUUGGAUAGCUCUGGCCAACCCACAUUACCAAAAACCUCAGGACUGAAACAGCUGCCUCAAUCUUCAGAACCAGUUUACAUGACCAGUUCUCUUUUAAAACUUCCCCAACAAGCAACGGGACUAAGUUGUGAAAUGCCAGUCAAUGGUCGAAUAUCUCCCACUGUAUCUGCAAAUGCCCAGGGAACAUUUACAUUGGAUUCCAACCCCACCUGUCAUCCUGCAUCUGCAAACUAUGACUACCUCUGGAAAUACACAAAGUCACCUAUCCUCAAAGACUGCCAUGGGCUUAGUCAAUGUCAAGUGAAUGGCUCGUCUUCUCCAGUGACCAAUGGCCCUUCAUGUAAGGGAAGUGCACGAGAGAACUGGGAAAACCAUGUUACGAGCCCAGCUGCAUCUCUCAGUUUUGGUGCACAGGACUUGUGCAAUUUCAAUGAAGCUAAAGUAAAGGUGGCAACAGCAGCUAAUGGAACAAACCAUGACUUUUUUGAGACUUCGAAACCAGUUCCUGGGUUGGACUCCUGCAUACAGACUCUCUGCCCAUCCUCCAAUGCAUGGAAACCAGAACAAAUGGAGUCCAAUACAACUGAAGAAACAAAGAAUGGCAGAGGGUUAGUGGAGUGUCUGGAGCCCUCUCAUGAGCAAACAGAUAAACGCAAUAGUGAGUGCAAUGGAACAGAAAUGACAUUGGCACCUUUUGGUGAAAACAUGCCAAGCACACUUCCUCCUCCCCCUGAUGUGAGCAAUUUGGAUGAUCCUUCCCAGCUUCCAUCCCAACUGGAGAUUCAUAACUCUGAUUCAUUGGAGCCUUUUGGAACAGCCUUCAAUGAAGAUCCAGGAAGCAGCAACUUGUUUGAAAUGGAGGAACAGGAGGUGGAGACCCAGCAGGAUAACAUUCCACUACUUGAACAUUCGAGUUUGGACUGUCCAUCGUAUUCAAAUUCUGCCUCCUUUCCACCUUUGACUGAAAAUAAUAUAAAUUGCUCUUCCAUGUUCAGUGAUGUUUCUGCUAGUCCGUCUCUGGGAGAUUCUUUAAUGCAAGACAAGAAAGCAUCAAGUAUGAAAUCUGUUGUGCGCCGUCACCAGAUUGGGCCCUGUUUGGAUCAUGCAUAUAGCGCAUCUGAUAUUGGUGAUGAACCAGAGCAACACAAAGCUCAGGAAGCAACCCCUGUAACUGAGAGCAUCUCACAGGAUGACAUAAUUCAGGAAAAUACAAGUCCUGAGCCCAGCAGUGCUGCCAUGGAACUGGAAGAAGAGGACCUGGAGCCCGGUGAGGUUAAGAGUAAUGUAUCGCGUCGCAGGAUGGCUUCUGCAGAAGAGGUCCGACUUCCCCUCCUGCAUGGUUGGAAGAGAGAAGUUCGUAUAAAAAAAGGCAGCCAUCGUUGGCAAGGAGAGACUUGGUACUAUGCUCCUUGUGGGAAGCGGAUGAAGCAGUUCCCUGAAGUUAUUAAGUAUCUCUCUAAGAACUCUGGUCCCAUUAUCCGAAGAGAACAUUUCAGUUUCAGUCCCAGAAUGCCUGUUGGAGACUUCUAUGAGGAACGGGACACGGCAGCAGGCAAACAGUGGGUAAUGCUUUGCUCUGAAGAAAUUCCCUCCAGGAUUUUGGCCAUCACAGGAAAAAGGGGACGUCCUCGCAAUAUGGAAAAAGCUAAACUAAGAGAAAAUAAGGUGAAAAGAGGAAGAGGACGGCCUCCCAAAGUAAAGAUGAUUGAUUUGCUAAGCAAGCCUGAUGCUAAACUCCUACGGAAGUUGGAAAAUCAAGAUAUUCUCAGUGACGUAGAAAAAGUUCAGCUCAGCAAGUUAAAGAAGAAAAUGAGAAGAAAGGCCAGAAAUCAAGAAGCUAAGCUUGAGGCUGUAAAGAGAUUGAAAGAACAGAGAGACAAAGAAGAGGAAAAGGAAAAACAGCAAAAAGCUAAGGAGGUGGCACAAAAGCAAGUAAAAAAGAAAGUGAGGAGAAAAACUAAGGAAAAACCACCUCCUCCUAUACAUAAACCCGAUAGAAAACAGCUUGCUCAACAGCGCCGGCAGGAGCAACGCAAGCGGCAGCAGUUUAUGCUGGAAGAACUGAAGAAACCCACAGAAGACAUGUGCUUGUCUGAUCAUCAGCCGUUACCAGAUUUUCCACGUGUGCCAGGAGUGGUGCUGCCCAGUCGUGCCUUCUCGGAUUGCUUAACCACGGUGGAAUUCUUACAAACCUACGCCAAAGUGCUUGGCUUCGAUGGAAACAAGGAUGUGCCAAGCUUGUGCACCCUGCAAAGUGGCCUGUUUAAUGUGGGUGACAGUGUAGGAGAGGUUCAAGAUCUGUUGGUUAAACUCUUGCAGACGGCAAUGAUUGAUCCUGGGCUACCUCACUAUUGGCAGUCUAUCAAGAUUUUAGGUGAGAGGAUUUCUGAGAUAUCUCCAAACCGAGACAAUGUGUCAGAGAUUCUGCGGCUAUUCUUGGAGGCAUAUGGUGGGGACUAUGCAGUGUGUGACAGUCUCCGCACUCAUCCAUUCCAGGCACUCCCGCCUCACACCAAAGCUGCAGUUCUUGCUUUUCUUGUGAAUGAACUGAAUGGCAGUAACUGUAUUAUUACUGACAUUGACAAAACACUGGAGAACAUUUCUAAUUACAGAAAAAACAAGUGGAUUAUUGAAGGCAAACUCCGCAGAUUGAAGUUUGCACUGGGUAAGCGAGCAUCCAGACCUGAGCCUCCGGUUACCACGGUAGUAGAAAGUCGCAGGAGGAGCAGCACUCAAGUAGCUAAUGAGAAUGAUGCUUUAGAGGAUGAUGAUCUCUUGCAGCAAUCCUAUAUGGGUGAAGAAAGUGAAGAGAAAGAAUCAAUAUCUGCGAACCUUGUGGAUCUGGAAAGACAGAUCGAUAAGCUCACAAAGCGGCAGGUAUUUUUUAGGAAGAAAAUACUUGCUUCCUCACAGAGGCUCCGUUGUGUGUCUCUUGGGCAAGACCGGUACCGCAGGUUCUACUGGAUGCUGCCUCACUUGGGUGGUAUCUUUGUGGAAGGGUGUGAGGAAAUUACUGGGGAGGCUCCAGAACCUGAAAGGGCAGAAGAGACCCCAGUUCCUAUACAGUUUGAAGCCUCAGAAGUGACGGAAACAUCUUUCAACUCUGCUACUCGCUCCCGAGGUCGUCCACGGAAACCCAAGACUGAAUCUGAGUAUCCAUGCAAGUCAUGUCAGUGUAAAGGAUCGUCAAAUGGCAUUUUAGAACCAAAAUUACCCCUUUCUUUAGUUACUGAGUACAAGCAGAACCAAAACCAGUCAGCGUUUCAUUCCUGGCUGGCUAGGAAUCAAACCUCUAUAAUAGAUAGCACUGUUCUAACCCCUGAGAGUAGUCCUUCUUAUAGUGACACUGCUGCAACUGUCCCCGGUGCACCCCAUGCUGGAGAUAAGAAUGCAACAGUGAAGCAAAAUCAGUGGGUUCACCAACCUUCAAGGACUCCUUUCAUUGACACUUCCCAUGAUCCUUCGCCUCAGCCAAAUGAACAUUUACCCCUACAAUACCAUGCUGCAAUUCCUUCUCUCACACAGGUUAAUGGCUUAAAAGAGGAGAAGGAAGAACCAUUAGACAGCACAUUGUUGCUUCCAACUCCUAUCCCCUGCUGUACAUGUAGUAAUCUUCAAAGAAAUGAGAGAGCAUUAAUCUCCAGUCGAGAGAGGCGCAGGGGACGCCCACCCAGCAAUUUCUUCAAACAGAUUGAGCAGAAAUACCACAACCAACUCACAGAGAGGCCUAUUCCGUCUGACAUGAGACAAAUGUGGUGGUGGAUAAAGGACCCGGUGAUGCUGGAAUCUCUUGUAAAAGCUCUGCACCCAAGGGGCAUACGAGAAAAAGUUUUGCUGAAGCAUAUCACAAAACAUUUAGAGCACUUCAAAGAACUCUGCGCUCGGCCAGCAAUUGAUUCCCUCUUUAACUUCGUGCCAACAGAGGGACAUCCUGUGAGCCAGGAGACACUGGACAAGUGGUCAAUGGCAGAUUGGACUUUCCAAGUGGACAUGUCGAUCCUGCAGUGGGUGGAGGAUUUGGAACAAAGAGUUUUGAGCUUCGAUCUUCAGCAAAGGGGCUGGACACCUACAAGUUUAGACUCUGUUCGAAGUGAUCUCAAGUAUUUUGAGCACCACCUAGAGGCAACUGAUGAUAUUACGGUGAAAGUAAAAAAAGAGGAAGGACUAUAUAGAGAGCCGUCUAACCCACUGGAUCUUGCAGUACUCAGACUUUUGGACCUUGAGCAAAAUGUAGAGAGAAGAUACCUGAAGGAACCACUGUGGGUGCUGAGCGAAGUGCAGCAUGAAAUGUUGGUGUUCACUGACCCAGAGAAUCCACUCUCUACCACUGAGAUUCAGUAUAGCAUUACAUCUCGCUUAAGGCUGUGGCGCCAGACGCUUGACAGAUGUCGAAGUGCUGCCCAGGUGUCCCUCUGUCUACAACAACUGGAGAAAUCUUUAGCCUGGGAGAGGUCGGUUAUUAAAGUGAUUUGCUUAUUUUGUCGGAAAGGUGACAAUGAUGAGUGUCUGUUGUUGUGUGAUAGUUGCGAUCGUGGCUGUCAUACAUAUUGUCACCGUCCACGGAUGGCAGAGAUUCCAGAAGGCGAUUGGUUCUGUCCUACCUGCAUAGCAUUGCAAGGUGAAAGCGAGUUUCUAAGAUCCUGUGGAUCUUCUAAACGCAACAAAAGGAGUAGGUUAUCAUUGCAAGACAGUGACAGUCCUUCAAAAUCAUCUCGACGACGGGAACAGACUGCAGUUUCACCAUACCAAUCUCCUGAAGCAUCAAAGCGAAGACGCAUCGGUACACGAAGCCAGAGUCCCGACUUAACGUUCUGCGAGAUCAUCCUUAUGGAAUUGGAGUCCCAUGAGGAUGCAUGGCCAUUUCUAGAACCUGUGAACCCACGGAUUGUGCCUGGCUAUAGGAAAAUAAUAAAAAACCCCAUGGACUUCUCUACAAUGAGGCACAAACUGCUGUAUGGCAAGUACUCCAGCUGUGAAGAAUUUGCAGAGGAUGCAGAGCUAGUGUUCAGUAACUGCCAACUAUUUAAUGAGGAUGAAUCUGAAGUGGGCAGGGCUGGCCUGGCCCUAAAGAAGUUUUACGAUAGCCGCUGGGAGGAGUUCAUUCAGGGGCGCAACCAAGUUGCACUAUGAGUGAGACUGGAAUCUGUUGAUCUGUAAACGAACAGCUAUAUUUGACUAUCUCUCCGACAAUGAAAACGGGUUCAGCUCCCUUGGGUGUGAGCUUUUUAAGGUGCUGCUUUUCACAUUGAGGGCAGCUACAUGGCAACUCAGAUGUUAAUAAACACAAAUACAGGACAUUUCCUCCAGAACAGAAUUAUCAAUAUUGAUCUGGAUUAGUUUCAGGUCCCCAACACUUCCAUAUGUCUGAUACAGUGAUCGAGAGAAAAUCUUGCAGAUAACCCUGCUAUUUGUACCCUCCUAUCCUUAUUUUUGUUAGGGAAAUUAAUCUGCAAAUGCAGUGUUUUCUACUCUACUUCGUACACCAAACCAUACCCUCCACCAAUUCCGGAACAUUAUUUCAUACAUGCAAUUUAGUAGACAAUUGCACCAGCACUUCAGUGCACAGUCUAGCAACCUCCGGUAUCUGUUAAUCGUAAUUGACUCAUGUGUACAUGCUUUGCAUUCCUGCACAUGUCAUGGAGUAAAAACCUGAUAUGGCCAAUGCUAUUAUGUACAGAUCUACAUACUUACUAUACACAUGGGCACAUGAAGUCACAAAAUGAAUAUACGCAAAUGUCUCACAUGACUUCUAAAUGUUUUACAUGUACGUACAGAAGUCACUCACUCCUUACCCACUGUCUUUAUUUAUAUUGGCAGAGUAAUAUUUAAUAGCAAUAGCGUAUCGUUAAUGUGUGUGUUUGGGGUUUUACUGAUCUUUUCUUGAGAUGGGGGCAUAGAAAAUGCAACUUCUGCAUAGCAUUUAAAAAAAAACAAAAAAAAAACACAAUUGUAGUUGUAUGGCCAGUAUGCUGGGUGGCAGCCCUGAAAGGGUUAACAAAAGUCAAGCGUACCCUGGGCUGAACUUGUCCACAAGCCUCUCUUCAAGCUGCUUCCACUGGUUAUUACUGUUCAUUGUAGGACUUUCAUUUCCCCCAAGUUUCUCUGGCACUACCUCCUUCCUAUACCCUUAUUCACCUGAUAUCUUCAAUAUAAUUUUAUUCCCAACUCCCUUUUGGCCAAGAGAUGCCAUCGAGUACAUGGUAUUGUGCCUUUUGGCCUUCAGGCUUUUAGCACUACAAAUAUCCCAGGGGUAAUCACUGCCAGUCUUUUCUUCCUUAACUCUAUAUGGAGUGGCAGGGAAUUUAUAGUCUCCUGUGUUAUAUGUACAUUUUAUAUUUAUUUGAAGUUGUCUCGACUGUGUAGGCUUUUGGUAUUUAAUAUCAUGUCCUUGCUGCUUGUUUUCAGAGAGGUUCACAAGUUUGACUGUCUUUAUAGGAAUGGGCUUCUUUGCUUUUUCAUCCCUUAAUUCACUCCAGUUCUACAGACCUCCAUUUUUUGUUAAUGGACAUCUCUACUAAGGGACCAAUCUGUGAUAUAGCAGUGCUAUUUCUUUAUCCCUGGCUUGAAAAUGGUGGAACCCCAUAUUAUAUGAUUAUAAUGCACUAAAUACUGAUGUGAGGAAGGGCUACACAACCAUGUAUGUUUUCAUGGAAAGACUGUUACCGAUUCUAGCACACAAUCUUCCAUCUCUUGUAAUAUGGGGUCAUGCAACAUAAGGUCAAAAACAAAU